AUGGCCCCGAUAACAAUGAAGAAGAUACAGCCGAUGACAGAUCUUGUGCUGAACCAAUCAGUUCAAGUUCGGAUCCGCACAAACGUAUGGGUUAUGGGUAUCAUAGUAGGCUUCUUGGAGUGUCUUAACAAGAUCACUGGGAUGGCGUACCAGGUAGAAUAUACUACACCAAUGGGACCGCAGAGAAGCUACUUCGGCCCUGAUGAUAUUCGGUUAUCUUGA